CACCUACUUCAGUAUUCAAUUUCUGAAUGCGAGGUCCAUUAGCAUAUGCUGAAAUGUAUGCGCAUAGCCGCGUUUCAGCAUUUCAGCAUCUCUAAUUGCGAUUAAAGUAAACAUAACCCAAAAUCCGUUCGCUGAAAGUGCCCCCAAGGUGGGCCGAGGUAGUCCGUCCCCGGCUCGGCCAAGGCUGCCUCCCUUGCCACUACUGCCGCCGCACUUAUACAUCGACCGCUGACCUGAGACCUGGCCUCGCCUCACCCCCAACACAACACAACACAUCGCAUUCAUUCUCACUGCAAAACGGCUGCAGAAUUAACUUGAAUAAUUACCAACACCGACACAGGCCAGCAGCCGAGGUCUGUCUGUCUGAGGUGCGCAGAGUGAAAGAGACAAGACACACACAAACACACAACAUGUCGCAACAACCACCCCCCUCCUCGCCUCCGGCGCUCUUCACCAUCCCCAUCGAGCCGCUGGGCGACCGCUACCCGGCGGGGACGGUCGUGUGCACGGAGCCGGCGCCGGCUGUGUACGUGCUGACCAUCACAGUCGGCGCCGACAACCGGCUAACAACGCCAACGUGCCGUGCGCUGCUGGCGGCCCUCGACACGCUCGAGUUCGGCGGCUUCGCCCCGGGCGUCGUCGUUACGACCAGCGGGAUCGCAAAGUUCUACUCCAACGGCCUCGACCUGGAGCACGCCCUGUCCACCGAGGGCUUUACUCCUGACGUGCUCUACCGCCUGUUUGCCCGGUUUCUGACCUACCCCAUGCCAACGGUCGCGCUGCUCAACGGCCACGCCUUCGCGGGCGGGCUGAUGCUGGCCAUGCACCACGACUACCGCGUGAUGAACCCGACGCGGGGGUACUGCUGCAUCAACGAGCUCGAGUUCGGGGUGCCGCUGAAAGCCGGCAUGAGCGCCAUCUUCCGGCUCAAGACGAGCGCGGCGACCUACCGGACGCUGGUGCUCGAGGCGCGGCGCUUCGGCGGGCCGGCGGCGCUCGACGCCGGGCUCGUCGACGCGCUGGGCGGGCUCGACGCCGUGCUGGCGUUUGUCGCCGCGAGGGGGUUGACCACUAAGGCUAAGACGGGCGUCUACGGCCUGCUUAAGGCCGAAAUGUACCGCGAGAGCGUCGACCUGCUCGGCGCCGCGGCCCACGCCCGCGACGAGCUGCGCGAGAAGGAAGCUGCCAAGGCCUACGACGCCCGCCGCGACCAAGGCGAGCGCACCGCCCGCGACGUCUUGAGGAAGGGCGGCAGGGCGUCGGCGGCUAAGCUGUGAUGGGAUGCUGUUUUACUGCUGCUGUAGGAUAGUUUUCUCUUUUUGUAGCAUUCUUACAUAAAUUUUGUUUACGCAAGCACCCUGCUGCGUAGGUAGCAUUGAUGCCGUGUUUUUCGUUUAUUUUUGUUACAGAACCGGAGUGAGAAUGAUAUACAUCACGCAAGGCCAUUCCUUGAAUAAUAA